CCAGAUGUUUACGACCGAAAUGGCAGAAUUGACAGACACAAGCCCCUCGAAUGCCUCCGAGUUGAGUACGGGAACUUCUAUUACGCCUCCUGUGGAGAUCUUUGCCCGUCCACCUAUCAAACGAGCGAGGCCGCAGCUUAGCUGUACACCGUGUCGGCAAGGCAAGCUGAAGUGUAAUCGCGAGCAUCCUGUGUGCGACCAGUGUUCGAAGCGGUCGCGACACGAGUCCUGCAAAUAUGUACCCCCUCCUCCGAGGAAUAAGCAGGCUCAGAACAUGCGAGGUCGGAUCAGGAAUCUGGAGACCUUGGUUGUCAACCUGAUAAAUCAAAAGACCCAUGAGCAAGGCGACACUCUAGUAAACGAACGAAAUAGAAGCUGCAAGACAGAGGUGGAGGUGAAUAGAGAACCGGAAAUCGACUCGUUUGGCCAACUUCGCAUCAGUCAUGCUGGUACCGAAACCAGUUAUGUCGGGGCAGGACACUGGUCUUCGAUCUUGAAGGAGAUUGAGGAAGUAAAGGAUAGCCUAGAAGACUCUGAAGGUGAAGAUGACGCAAAUGAGGAAGUCUGGGAUGACAUCAGUGCUCGCUCAACUGUGACAUUUGGGAUACCUAGACCCGUCACUAAAGCUAUGCUCAUCCAGGAGAUGCCUUCUAAGGAUGACGUUGACCGACUGCUUCCCCUUUGGUUCAACUCAGCCGAUCCACUUCUCUACAUCAUACAUGCGCCAACGUUCCAGGAAGAAUAUAGGCAGUUCUGGAAAGACUCCUCUUCCACCCCGGUCAUGUGGAUCGCGCUCCUUUAUAGUGCAAUGGCUCUUGGAAUCAUCCUAGGGCCCCGGAACCCAGGCCUACAUGCCCACGCCGCUGCAUACGACCGCUCGUCUGGCUCUCUCUUUGACAAGAAUGACAAUCUAGCCAGUGCGGCCGACAGAUAUCAACAGCUAGCGUCUUCCGCGAUGGUCCUAGCAGAUAUAGCAAAGUCCCAACCAUAUACCCUUGAGACUCUGAUGAUAUAUGGCGAGUGCGAGUUUCUUAGAAGAGAUGAUCACCACUCCAAGAUUUUCCUCAUGAACGGUGUUGUGGUGCGCGUGGCGAUGCGAAUGGGCUACCACCGCGAUCCGAGCAACUUCAAGGGUAUGUCACCCUUCCAAGGUGAGAUGCGGAGGCGUGUCUGGCAUGUGUUAAACAUGAUGGAUAGCCUCAUCGCGUUUGCCGUCGGUCUUCCUAGCAUGAUCCGCCGAGUCGAAAGUGAUGUGCGAGCGCCGCGAAACCUCUAUGACACCGACCUAUCGAUAAAUAUGACCGAAUUACCAAAGGAUCGUCCGAAAACUGAGAUAACCCCCGGACUAUAUACUAUCUCAAAGAGUAGAGUUUGUGCAGUGUUCGCCGAGGCGGCAGAGCUGUCCCAAAAAUGCAUUCCUCCUCGGCAUUCAACCAUUCUUGCUUUGGACAAACGCUUGGAGGAAGCCCACGACCUAGUGCCUGAAGGAAUGCGAGUGCGCCCGAUGGGCCAGUGUAUCACCGACCCUCCAGUCUUAAUAAUGAGUAGAUUUAACAUCGAACUCCUGUAUCAGAAGACUCGAGUGGUGCUCCAUCGCAACUACCUCACCGCUGGUCAGUCUGAUCCCAGAUUCGCAGAUUCUAGGAAGACUUGCGUGGAUGCUUCUCUCGAGAUCCUACGUUACCAGAACAUAGUUUUCCAAGCUUGUCGACCAGGAGGGCAACUCCAAAAAGUGUGGUGGUACAUGUCUUCACUCUCGACAUAUGAUUUUCUUCUGGCCGCUAUGGUCGUUUGUCUUGAACUCAACCACCUCCGCAAUAUAGAAUCAUCUCCAGAUUUCGAAGGCACGCCAACGACACGGAUAGCUGAGAUGCUGGGUAUCCUUGAGAACACUUAUGAAAUUUGGGCAAAUCAUCCAAAUCGAUUUCGGGAGUCAAUCAGAGGAGCCGAGAUGGUCCAGGCAAUGCUUAAGAAAUGCUCUGGGCCUGCGGGACCUCGGAUCACCUUGCAAAAUCCAAUCCCCAAUGGCAUGGAACAGAAUAUCGCCGAGCUACCUCCGGGGUUUACUCCUAGCAUGGCCGCUGAGGAGUUGCCCCCACAAAUCUGGGGCACAUGGCCGCCGCCUCCCGAAGCUUCCUCACUUGAUAUGCCGGGUAUUCCUUCGGAGAUUGACUGGACUCUGUGGGAUAGUACUAUGCAAGAACAACAAAAUAUGCUCCCCGCAUCAAACAAUACUGCAAUGGAUAUGUGGAUGAGCAGUAUGACUAGCAAUGUCAACAGCAGGAUUGACAACAUGCUUGAUUUCAGCGAUCCGUUGAACUUACACGGCUUUCCUACCUUCUACGCUCCACCACCUGACAUGUAAAGCCAAAUACGACAUCUGGCAGACUUUCUC